AUCGCUACGCAAAGGAGCGCAUAGCGGCAUAGCGCGCCGGCUCCCGCUUCCCCACCACUUAUAACCUCUCAUCCGUCGCGGGUGUCUCACGCCUCGCGGCCUCGAGGCAGUGGCACGCCAGUCAGUCGGUUUUUGUCCAUCGCGUGCUGCGGUUUGUAGCGACUUGACGCCGCGAGAUCAACUGAACGGGGUUUUACACAAUCGGACACACACGGUGACGGAAGUUUUUACAUUUUAUCCGGUAUCUCUCUUGCCACGACGACGUCCGCGUCGUCGCGUGGAGCGCGCGUUUUCGAUCGGAAGGAAGAAAUUAAGGAAAGAAGAAAGACAGCCGCGUUUCUCACUCUAUCUCUUUCUGCCCAGGGCAGGGGGGAAGAAGAAGCGCACCUCGUGGGUCCGUGCGGCGGAUCGUGGCCGCGAGACCGCGCGGUCGGCCAUUGUGCUUUCUUCGUGUCGCCGAUACGAUCGCGCGUUGUCUGUCAGCCUAAACCCUAAACUAAAAGUGUUCAGUCUUCAGUGUCGGCUUAUAUCGAAUGAGUCUGCGAGAGAGACGUGUACGUGCGCCGUAGCUCGUUGCCGGCUUCUACUUCCGGAGCUGCACCGCCGCCGCUGUCAGCCGCCGUCAUUAACGUCAUCAUUGUUACCGUCAUCGUCAUUGGCGCCUUCAGUCUGCGGCUAGCCCAGUAUCAGAAGAUGCACGUGCACGGGAGCGAGUCCGCGAGGCGGUGCGCGCGAGUAACGCGCCGGUGAACGCGCGAAGAAAUGAAAUGUGCGAAGAGGAGAGCCAUUAGGAAUCCGCCAUUCUCGGCGAAUGUCAUUCACCCUGCGUGUGUAUCGUAAGAAGAAAAAGAAGAAGAAGAAGCAGCACCGCCACGGAAGAAGAUCGAACGAACGAUCGACUUCACGGUUGCCGUCGCUCACCGACGUCGCCAUCGACCACGAGGGCCUCUUCUUCUCCCACCCGAUUCGGCCACAAAAAUCCGAUCAAGCUGGAAUUGAUGGAGUUGGAGAACAUUGUUGCGAACACCGUGUACCUGAAAGCGAGAGAAGGUGGUGGUGACAGCAAUAAAGGAAAGAGUAAGAAAUGGCGGAAGAUACUUCAGUUCCCACACAUUUCCCAGUGCAUCGGCCUAAAAGAUAAACUGGACAUCAGGUACAGUUAUGUGGUGGACCAGCAGCCGAUUGGGCGGCAGCCAGCCUAUCAUCGCUACAACCUCUUUCUGGACGCGAUCGAGAAGUACGAGAUUGAACUGGAUGAGAAUCGCAUCGAUCUAGCGAAAGAGUUGUUCGAGCAGUACUUGAAGCGGGAAGGUUCGGAGGUAGUCGAUAUCCUGAACGAUUCCUUGAUCUCUCAGUGCGAGGAACGACUCAGCACCGGCGGCAAGGAGCUCUUCACCGAGGUUGCGCAGACCGUGAAAAACUUCCUAGCUGGCGAGCCGUUCUCGGCCUUCCUCAGCAGUUUCUAUUUCUACAGGUAUCUCCAAUGGAAAUGGCUGGAGGCGCAACCAGUGACAUACAAGACCUUCCGGAUGUAUCGGGUAUUGGGCAAGGGUGGCUUCGGGGAGGUCUGCGCUUGCCAGGUACGCGCCACCGGUAAGAUGUACGCGUGCAAGAAAUUGGAGAAGAAGCGCAUCAAGAAGAGGAAAGGCGAGUCGAUGGUACUAAUCGAGAAGAACAUCCUGCAAAAGAUCAAUUCCAAGUUUGUCGUCUCGCUCGCAUAUGCAUACGAGACGAAGGAUGCUCUCUGCCUCGUGCUGACUAUCAUGAAUGGCGGCGAUCUCAAGUUCCAUAUUUACAAUAUGGGCGGUGAGCCAGGUUUUGAUAUAAAUCGUGCCCGAUUCUAUGCGGCCGAGGUCGUAUGUGGUCUGGAACAUCUUCAUCUUCAAGGUAUCGUCUAUAGGGAUUGCAAGCCGGAGAACAUACUGUUGGACGAUCAUGGUCAUGUGAGAAUAUCCGAUCUCGGUCUCGCGGUGGAAAUUACGGAGGGCGACAUGGUGCGUGGUAGGGUCGGCACGGUGGGUUACAUGGCACCUGAGGUGAUCGACAAUGAGAAAUACACCUUCUCGCCAGACUGGUUCAGCUUUGGCUGCCUACUAUACGAAAUGAUCGAGGGUCAAGCGCCGUUCCGCGCUCGCAAGGAGAAAACCAAACGCGAGGAAAUCGACAGACGCGUCAAGGAGGAUCAAGAAAGGUAUUCGCCCAAGUUUAGUGAGGAUGCCAAAAGUCUGUGCCAGCAGCUGUUAAAGAAGAGCCCGAAGAACAGGCUGGGUUGCAAGUGUGGUCGACACGGGGCGAAAGAGGUGAAGCUCCAUAGCUUCUUCCAGUGCCUGAACUGGAAGAGGGUCGAGGCCGGUAUGUGGGAACCGCCGUUUGUGCCGGAUCCUCGUGCGGUUUACGCUAAAGAUGUUUUGGACAUCGAGCAGUUCUCCACGGUGAAAGGUGUUAAUUUGGAUGCCACGGAUGAUACCUUCUACAGCAAGUUCAACACCGGCAGCGUGUCCAUUCCAUGGCAAAAUGAGAUGAUAGAGACUGAGUGUUUUAAGGAACUGAAUGUAUUAGGUCCUAACAACACGCCCACCCCAGACUUAUUGAUAAACCAUACACCGCCCAACAAUGACGACAGAGGCUGUUUUCCUUUUCGGAGAAAGAGGAAACAAAGCGAUCGCACGAGGGAGAUCCCGUUGUCGGAAUGCCACUUGCUGGAAUUGUCGCAGACGCAGAGCUCGGAAAUGCCAGCCAGCUGAUCUAUG